AUGUUUUUAAUUUUUCAGAAAGCUAUAUUAAAAAAACUUCCUGCAUAUGAAACAUACGAAAUUUUCGAAAACAUUGCGAAUUCUAGUGAUUAUAAUAGCAAGUGUAAAUCAUUAGAAUCCACUGGAAACAAAGCAAAAGAACUAUGUGAAAAAUAUGCAAAGAAUUUAGAAUAUACAUGUACUUCUGGAACUACUACUACUACUGGAAAAAGUAUUAGUGUACCUGAAGCUAAAGUCAAUUGUUUAUUACUUAAAUAUUGGUUAUUUUACGAAAUAAAAAAACUAAGUGUUAAAGAACCAAAAAACAAGAAUCUGGAUACGAUUAUUCAUACAAUUUAUUAUUUACAAUUCGAAAUUAAUAAAAAAGAAAAUCAGUUUUAUUGCUUUAAUGAUAUAUAUGAAUAUCUUCACAAGUGGGAGGACGAAAAGUAUUUGUAUGAAUAUUUUAAGAAUUUCCCUAAAAUCGAAAGUUUUGAUAUAACUAAAAAUACUGAAUGCAAAGCUUAUAAGAAAUAUAUUAAUCAUGUUAAAACCUAUUAUGAUAAAAAAAAAAAAAACGAAUUAUGCUGCAAAGAUAAUUAUUUCAAAUGUAGUGAUUAUUUUAAUUGUGACCCUAAAUACAAUCCCGAAAAAAUUUUAAAUAAAAUAAGUAGAACAAAUACUACAGCUGAGGGAGCAUCUGUCUCUGGAUCAACGCCAAAUAGUGACAAGGCCAAAGAAAUACCUAAAACACGAAUUGAAAAUCACAGAUGUAUUGUGAGACGUAAUCCUGAAGAUCCUCACCUUGCAUACUUAUCAUGCUUUAACGUACCAACGGUGUAUAAAGAUGUUGACGAUUAUUUUCCAGCAACAAAUAUACCUACGGGAGAGACAGGAGACAACUCUGAAGGAAAAAAUGCAUCGUCAUCAAAGGCUCAGGCACGUGAAGCAAAUGCAUCUGAUCUAUCGAGAGAAGGGGAAGGUGCUACAAAUCCAGGAUCAUCAAGUGAAGGCUCCCCACACUCCAAAAAUCCAGUAGAAAAAAGUGAAGAGGGUAGCUCUGAUUCUUCACCAAAAGUUAACAUUUUAGAUAAAGUCAAAAGUUUAUUGGGAUUAGGUAAAUACAUAAGAAAUAUAAUAGAUAGAGAAUACCCUCUUUUUAUACGAGAAAAUAAAACCACAAUAGAAAAUGGUAGUAGUCAUACAUAUAUAACACCAUCCUGGAAAAAAGUUCAAAUUGAAAAUACAGAAGAAAAUUAUGAUUUAUUAAAAUCUUCAGAUAAUUUUUUCAAUACCAAGCCUUUUAAGUCAAUUAUGACAGCUAUUUUAACAUUUGGAGUAAUUUUUGUGUUUUUCAUUUAUUACAAAGUGAGUAAAAUUCACCCCUUUGAGAUCGUGUUUAAGCAGAAGGUUUGA